AUGCUCGUCCAAACUGCUCUCGUCGCAUUGAGUGCGACCCUGGCCGCGGCCGUUAAGCCCCUUACGGUCCAGGGCAACUCUUUCAUCAACGAGGCUGGUGAAAAGUUCCAGAUCGUGGGUGUCGACUACCAGAUUGGCGGAAGCGCUGGUUACGACCCUGCCCACAACCGCGACCCCCUGAGCGACGGUGAUGUCUGCUUGCGCGAUGCUGCUCUGCUGCAACGCCUUGGCGCCAACGCCAUCCGCGUCUACAACCUCGACCCCAACCUGAACCACGAUGCGUGCGCCUCCAUCUUUAACGCCGCUGGCAUGUACAUGAUCCUCGACGUCAACUCUCCCCUGGUCGGCGAGAGCAUCACCAGUUUUGAGCCCUGGACUAGUUACUACGCUGCCUACCUGAACCGCACCUUUGCCAUUGUCGAGGCCUUCAAGAGCUACCCCAACACUCUGGCCUUUUUCUCUGGCAACGAGGUCAUGAACAACGUUGAGACGGCUCAAUACGUUCCCCAGUACCUGCGCGCCGUCACCCGCGACUUGAAGAACUACGUCUCCAAGCACGCCGACCGCGCCAUUCCCGUUGGUUACUCGGCCGCCGACGUCCGUGAAAUCCUCGUCGACUCCUGGAACUACCUGCAGUGUGCCGAGAAUGGCGAUGCGAAGGACCCUAGCCGUAUCGACCUCUUCGGCCUCAACUCUUACUCAUGGUGCGGCGACUCCAACUUCAAGAAGUCCACCUACGACCAGCUCGUCGCAGACCUGAACGAGACAUCCGUCCCCGUUUUCUUCUCCGAAUAUGGCUGCAACCAGGUUACCCCUCGUGUCUUUACCGAGGUCGGCGCCAUUUAUGGUCCCGACAUGAAGAACGUCUUCUCCGGCGGUCUUGUCUACGAGUACAGUCAGGAGGACAACAACUUCGGUCUCGUCAAGGUCAACGCCGACAAGUCCGUCAAUCUGCUGAUCGACUACACCAACCUCGCCACCCAGUACAACAAGGUUGACUUCAAGUCUCUCCAGGCCGAGAAGGCGGCUACCAACUACCCUGCGCCUCCCAAGUGUGAUUCGUCUCUGAUCAAGGAGAAGGGCUUUAACAACAACUUCACCCUGCCGGCCGUUCCCCCCGGAGGUCAGGAUAUGAUCGACAACGGCAUCAAGAACAAGCCUUCCGGCAAGAUCAUUUCCAUUUCCGACUGGACUGUCAAGCACAAGGUCUACGACGUUGACGGCAAGACGGAGAUCACUGGCCUCGCCGUCUCGCCUCUUGCUGACUCCGACUCCAACACCCCCGGCACUAACACCGGCGGCUCCACUGUUCCUGCUACUUCCUCCCCCACCGGUACUAGCACUUCCUCCUCCUCCUCCACUCCUACGGCGAGCAACAACCCCGCUGUCCCGCUGCGCCCUGAGGUCGCCGCCAUGGCCGCACCUCUGCUUGCCCUCCUUUUCUUGUAA